GAUUUAUAGAGAAAAAAUUGGAGGAUUUUUUUUUUUUACUCUUUCCCAUACACCCUCCCCUUGUUUUUAAAGGGUAUUGGUUUUUUUUUUUUUUUUUUUCCCCCCAGACAUGAAUUUACUAUGGGAAUGUACAGGCAUCUCUGCAAGUAGAGAAGCUGGUGUAGUGGGAGAGCAGGCAUCUACAUCGAGGUUCCCGCAGGAGGGGAGACGUUCCUACCAGAGAAACGAGAUGGUUGUGAAACGCUCCUCAAAACCCGUCUGUGUCUUUGCUUAGCAGAUGAUGUAUCUGUUUGCACUUUACCAAUGAGAGACUCUAUCAUGUUGCACCCAGAGGGCAGUGCCUUACUGAAGGCUGUGUGGCAGGGCAAAUUUAGACUGGCGCGCCUUCUGCUGGAAGGAGGUGCCUAUAUUAACGAAGGUAAUGCCCAAGGUGAGACACCUCUAAUGGCAGCCUGUUUAGCCAAAUACGACGACCCUCAAAACAAAUCCCGGAUGGUAAAAUACCUGCUGGAAAAUGGGGCAGACCCUAACAUGCCAGACAAGAUGGGCAAAACUGCACUGAUGCACGCCUGCUGCAAUAUAACUGGUGCAGAGGUGGUAUCUGUACUACUAGAACAUGGGUCAGAUCCCAGUAUAAAAGACUACUCAGGGACAUCUGCACUCAUGUAUGCAAUCAACAGAGGCGACCGGGAAACUUUAAGGGUUUUGUUAGAUGCUUGCAAGGCUAGAGGAAAAGAGGUCAUAAUUAUUACCACGGAUACUUCCCCUUCUGGCACCAAAAAGACAAAGCAGUAUCUCAACUCGCCUCCAUCACCAGGCAUUGAUGAUAAGCAGUCCCCAGGUAUCUGCAUGUCACCUUCUGAUAUAGAUAUAAAGACAUCCCUCUCUCCGGCUAGCGAGAAAGAGGAAGCAAGGGAUGUUUUUAACUUUAACAUGGGUACUAGGCUCACCUGCCCUUCAUCUUCCAAAUUAGAGGUUAAAACAUCAGAUCAUAUUCUUGCCAAAGGGAGGGUGGUCAACAAGAAGCAACUGAAGAGGCUGAAUUCAGAACCUUGGGGUUUAGUGGCCCCAUCUGUCCUUGCUGGAUCUCAUCCGGUUGUGCCAACAGAAAAUACCACCGUGGAAGAAUGUGAAGAAAAUAUUAUAAGUGAAGUAAACAACUUAUCCAUAAGCAAUAGACCAUUGCUCUCAAGGAGGCAUAGCAUAGAAGGACAAGACUCCUCUUGCUUAAAGCUGAAUGAGCAGACCCCAGAGGAUGAACCUUCAGCGCUGGAUGCUUUAUGGGCUGAUAAAGUGCAUCUCAGCCACCUUCACCAGCCACUGUCAAGACGCAAUACAGCACCUGAAACUCAGGAAACAUCUAAUGCCACAUUAGCCCCAACUAUUGCGACUAACUUGCGUGGGGUUGCCCAUCACAAGUUGACACGUAUGGACCACUAUGAAUCAGAUUCCCAUCUUUGCCCUGAUUCCAUUCCUGGUUCCCCAGAUUCUGGACGCGUAUCUUUAGAGAGGAGGAAAUACAAUGCUUCUCCAUUAACACUCUUUACCAGUUCUUCACGAGAAUCCUUGGAAAGUAUUCCUAGCGCAGUAUCUCCCAUGUCUGUGCGACGCCGAACACCAGGGCUUUUAGAAAGAAGGGGAUCUGGGACACUUCUUUUGGAUCACAUCUCACACACUAGACCUGGCUUCUUACCACCACUGAACGUCAACCUCAAUCCUCCAAUCCCAGACAUCCGGGCUAAUGGCAAGGCUCCGUCACCAGUUCAUGGCAGCCAGAAAAUUUUCAUACCCGUGGCUCCAAGCUCUCCAAAACACUUUGAUGCCAAAGCCAAGAAGAAACUUAUUAGAAGGCAUUCUAUGCAAACAGAGCAGAUCAGGCAGUUGACCAAUUUCCAGAAUUUAUUCAAUCAAAAUGAUUCUUCAAAUUAACCAGAACAAUGUAAAGGUGGAAUACACUUAGCCCCAUGCACACCCCAUGACUAUGUCAAGCUUUCUAUGUUUCCACAUGGCAACAAGAAAUGCAUUAUUAGCAAAAAGGUAAUGCAGUUGGUUAAAACGUAAAACAGCCAACGUCUUCAGGCCUGAGUAAGUCACGAGUAGCCACCAAGUAAAUGUGGAACUUGUGCUCCAAUCUUUGGAACCACCAACUUCAUCCAACCUAACAUACUGAAAUAUAUGAUUCAAGUAAUGAAUAUGUCAAAUUAUUCUUCCAGAAAUUAAGGACGCACUUUUGUUUGGAGACCUCAGUGUCAUAUCAUAAUGUGAGAACUGAUUCAUGGUGAUAGUGGGUUAUUAUAAGGCAUAUCCAGAAACAAAUGGUGGCAAUCACCCUUUAUACAGGUUCAGCCAUUCGGCCAAACUGAUGCAAUCCAUCUGUCGCCUUUCGGCACCAUCAUUUGGCCAACUGAAUCCGGAGGGGAUCUUAUUAUGAUUUUAAUUCCUCUCGUAUAGAAGAUGUGGAAGGAUUAAGGAGAUGUGUAACGGGUUUGCUGGUCAGAAUGGUUAAGGUGAUGAGGAAGGGUGUCCAGUUAAGGGACUGAAUGUAUAGUAGAUAAAUCUACAUGUCCAAAGUUCUGCUGUAGCUUAGUGAAAUAAUUUACAUCAUAGCACAGAGAGGUAAUAACUUAAAAUAUAUAUGUAUAAAUAUAUAUGAAUGUGACAGUAGACAGUACCUUUUAUUUUGGGGGAGCUGAGAGAUAUUUUUCACAUGUAAGGGGAGGGAAUCCUUCGUGUAGCUUAUCUAACAGCACUUUGCUCUGGGUCUUCAUGUAUAAAUAGAAAUAUAUAUCUAUAUAUAGAUAGAGAUUAGGGACACCCGGUUGUCGUUGUGUUUACACAUAUUUAUAUAUAUAUAUGUACACGCACAGAGAUCUAUAUAUAUACGAGUAUAUGCAAAUGUGUACAGGAAUUAGAGGCUUGCUCUGAAGGCAUAUUGAGUAUGUAGGGUAGCUGCUGCAUUCUUGCAAUAGAAAAAUCCGUUUUGAUGUGUCGUAGAACGAGAAAAUGAUCUCUCAUGACUCAACUAUACAAAAAAAAAAAAACUCCAUAGGGUAAAUAUGGCAAAUUCUCUGUCAAUGUGAAGGCUUUAGAGCUGCUUACAUAAAUGCUAGGUAUUAGACUAUCUUGAAUACUGGGUUUAAUUUUCUAAUGCAGAUUUAAAUUUGUCUGACUCUUUUACAUAGUAGGUUAAGGUGAGAGAGGGAAACAAAACCCACAGCAGGCCAGCGACCAAUGCAGCCUCGAUUAGAUUCCUCCUCCAUUUCCAACAACCUUUAUAAGUAGCUUUCUCUUUAUAAGGACCAGACACCAGAUAAGCAGCCUUCAAUGAGCUGGUAGAAUUUAUUUAAAUAUCCUUUUUAGAAUAUUCAUUUUGGUAAACAAUUCUUUCCCCAAAUAUCUAUUGCAGCAUAAUAUCACACUUACAGGAUAGGGUAAUCACAAAUGUUGAGGUCCAGUGACACUGCCAUAUACAUUAAGAUGUAAUGAAGGUUGAACUGGUCUACCAAAGAACCAGAGGAUCUCCUGGUGGGCCCAGGUAAUGUGAGCCCCAGCAGUCUUUUCUUAUUUUAGCCAUGGACCUAUAUAACGCCUAGAACGUGAAACAUACAAAAUAACAGGUAAUUGUUAUAAAACUUGGUUCUGGACUCCACAUUUCCCCAUAAGAGGUUUAGUCUGACACUGGAUGUUGACCCAUAAAGGUACUUAUUGUCAAUGUAUAUUUUUCCUUAUUUUUACUGAUAGGAACUAUUAUUCUUGGCCUAUGUAAUAAUUAGAACAGAGGUGAUUUUACACAGAUUGGUAGAUGGCAAUAAUCUUGAUCUUCCCCACCAAAUUCCAGGUAUGGGUUGCUAAAACGUAUUGUAACCUUAAGCCAGUGGUCCUUAAGCUUUUGUACAUGUGAGACACAUCCAAAUGAAGAAAAUCUUGGCUGG